AUGACAACACAAUCAGAGUUAAAAGAGAAUGAUUAUGUUUUUCAAUGUGAAACUGCUACUUGUAAAUUUGUAGCAGAUUCCAAAGAAUUUGCUGAACAACCUGCUGUAACUCAAACAAAUCAAGAUAUCUCACAAGCAUUAAACCUACUGCAAGUUCAUGACGUUGAUUCAAACAAGAGUUCUUUGAAAAAUAUAGGAUCCUCCCAAAAUAGUUAUAGAUAUAUAUUACCCUGUGUCUCUUUUCAACAACUUAAUAAAUAA